AUGAGUGGCGCAAAGUACGCGAAUCUACCGGACAUCGACACCGCGCCUGAUGUGUACGAGACCGAAGACGUCUUUCCCUCCGCCCACGACAGUAAAGGUGACUCAAGCGACGACGAGGCCGCCCCGACGCGCGGCCACGCACGGGGCAAGGCAAGCGAGACCAGCGGGCGGGAGGAGCUCGACCUGAGCAGCGUCCACCCGGACGACGCGUCCAAGCGGUUCCGCAAAGCCGAGCGCAGACACCCCCGCCCCAAGGUCCAGUACGUCUACCCCCCGUCCCCCACGAGCGCGGACCCGUCCGGGCCCCCGUCGCCCAGCGGCGGCCCCGUCCCGCUCUCGCAGCGGCUGCGCCUCCUCCAGGCGGAGGUCGCCGCGCUCGAGGGCGAGCUCGCGGACCCGACGAACCCGCUGCUGCAGAAGGAGCGGGGCGGGGGGCGCGCGGACCCGGGGGAGCUCAUCCGGGGGAUGGUGGACGUGAAGCGGCGGAUUGAGAAGAUCAGCAAGGCGCGCGAGGGCCGGGGCAAGCUCGUGAGCGUCAUGCUGGGCGAUUCGGACGCAGAGGACGCGUCGCGCAGGGAUGCGGCGAAGGAGGCGGGCGAGCAGAACGGCGAGGAGGGUGCGGAGGGCAAGACCGAGCCGCCGACGAUCAGGGUGCCGGAGGCCCGCGACAUCGCGGAGAUGGACAGGCGGGUGGGCGAGCUCGAGAAGCUGGUUGGGUCGUCGACCGUGACGUUGGACGAGCUGUCGCCGCUCCCGCCUCCCCUGCUCCCCCUCCUCACGCGCCUCAACGCGCAGCUCAACCUGCUCACCCAGCCCCGCCAUAUCGACUCCAUCUCCCGCCGCAUCAAGCUCCUCAACUCCGAGUUCGACCGCUCCUCCGGCCCCUCCGCCCAGUCCACGCCAAAGACCGGCGUGCCGCGUCCCAGUCCGGCGCGCAGCCCGCGCGCCCGCCUCCUCGCCUCCUCCGCCGCGCUGCAAGAACAGCUCGCGCCGAAGACUCUGCAAGAGCUCGAGGAGGAGCAACGGCGAGGGCGGGCGGCGCUCGAAGAGCUCACUCGCGCGGUGGAGGGUGUGGAGAAGAGCCUCGCGGACAACGAGGCUCUAGUGAAAGGGAAUGUACGCGAAAUAGAAGAUCGCAUUGAGGGUCUGGGAGCAGGCUAG